GCUCCCUCCUCUUCGCAAGACGCGGUCGGGGUCCGGCGUCGUCGUCCUCUGGCUUGGGCUCGGGCUCCUCCUCCUCCUCCCUCCUCGGGCCUCCUCUUGUGCUUGCGGAAGAGAGCGAGCUUUUCCUCUGUCUCAGUCUCUUCACAGAGUGAGCCAUCGCCAGAGCUUCAAGUGGAGCACAAGGGUUUUCUUUCCAUCGCUGCGGCGCCUCCUCAUAUUAUCGGCCUCCAGCAGUAGUGGGGGAGCAGCAGGCAUCCAGCAGCGGCUCGCUGUUGUGGGUUAUUUUGGAGGAUUGCUGAUCGGCGCUGAGGGUUGUUGUUCCGCUCCGCCUUGCCCUGCUCUGCUCCGCCCCUACUCGUUGCUGUAUUUCGAAGGAGGAUUCGGUGUGUGCGCGAGGCAGGUUCCCGGAGCGGUUGAGCAAGCGCUUUCUUCCACCAUGUCUGAUGAUGAUCACCACUUCGAUUCCAAGGCCGAUGCCGGUGCCUCCAAGACCUACCCUCAGCAGGCCGGUACAAUUCGAAAGAAUGCUUACAUUGUGAUCAAGCAGAGGCCCUGCAAGGUUGUCGAGGUUUCCACCUCCAAGACCGGCAAGCACGGUCACGCUAAGUGUCACUUUGUGGGUAUCGAUAUUUUCACUGGCAAGAAGCUGGAGGAUAUCGUUCCUUCCUCCCACAAUUGUGAUGUCCCUGAGGUCGUUCGUACCGACUACCAGCUGAUUGACAUAUCCGAGGAUGGAUUCGUGUCCCUCCUGACUGAGUCUGGUGAUACCAAGGAUGACCUUCGUCUCCCCACCGACGACCAGCUCCUCACCCAGAUCAAGGAUGGAUUUGGCGACGGAAAGGACCUUGUUGUGACAGUGAUGUCCGCCAUGGGAGAGGAGCAGAUCUGUGCUCUCAAAGAUAUCGGUCCUAAGAACUAGAUGGGAUUAUCCUACUUGCCCUUGGUCAGGCCUUUGAGAGGUGUAAGAUGGUACCUGUUCUUGUACACGGCGUCAAUUUACGAUCUUCGUAACCCUGUUCACUCAAGUCGUAGGGUUAAGUUUUACUCGGAUGAUCCCUAUCCUCCUCGAGGCUCGCCAUUUCCAGUCUCGAACGCUGGCUGCAUGACAGGAGGAUACUCUGGGACUGAUCCGUGAGGCUGAGGUUAAUUUCUGAACUGGGAAGAGUAGUGCUCCAUGCCCAGACUUGCUCAAUCAGGCUUACCCGAAGGCUUUGAAUCUGAAGUUGCUAUUAGAACUUGCAAUUAGAUUUGUAUACAAAAUCAAUGUUUAUCUCUGAACGCCAGGAUGAACAACGGAAUCUCUAGGUUUCCCUUACUAUUGUAGCCACUAGCCUUCCAGGGUGGUUGACUGAUCACCUUCACGGUGGGGGCUAACGCUUUGUAUGCUUUAUGUUUUGGGAUGGUUAUCUACGAGGACGAUUCUCAUGGAACUUUUCACAACUGUUGUAAGCCGUCCUUGAUCAUUCAUUCUUAAAGCGCACAUCUGUUCUUUGACUUUGCUGCACGAAGGUGUACAGUAAUGGCGUGAUCUGCUAUUUACUCUUAAUGACUGUCCUGUUAGAGGUUUACUGUUAAUCAAAAGUCGUACGGUAUAUCAUUAUCGCCUGUAGUCGAAUCCAGACGGAAGAAAGUUUUCCUUGUGACGUCGACCCUC